CCAAACUGUCACAAGCAAACAGUUUAUUCUCUUCUAUUUCAAUUAGCUCGCUCGCCAUACAUCCUAAUCUGUGAGUGGUAUUUCAAUUAUAUAUAAAAUAGACGUAAACUGUACGAGUACUGAAUUUUGAAGUUUGGCUGAGCUGUCAAAAAUAUCUGUUUUGGGAGUUAUAUAAAAGGAUUCGGAACUAAUCAUUUUGGGUUAUUCACUUCUUUCAACUAUUUAUGCACUUUUUGCUUGUUUUCGAUGAAUAUCAAAGUUUAGUUUUUUCCGAUCCUACAAAGCAGAUAUCCCGCAGAAUCUGAAGUUCUUUUAUUGUUUUUCAGUGGGAACUUCCUCGUUUACUUCGUAACAUUCUCCUUCCUCAAAUACAGUUUCAUUAUUUUCGGUUUUGGUUUUCUAAAAUCUUUGUUAUUUGUUGUUUCGUAUAGGUUUCUCUUUUUUGUUUUCUCAAAUUUCUGGUGCUCUGUUUUUGUUAUAGUUAAAAAGUUACUCAGUUUCAACGUUUUUCUAGUCUUUUUUUUUUGUUGUUUUUUUUUUUUCCAAAGCAUGACAGAGUAUAUGGAUACUGAGUCCUCGUCGACUUCCACCUCGAAAAAUCAAAAUUCCGCAGCUGCCUCUACAGAUUCCCUUCAUCCCAGAGAAACUUUGGAUUAUUAUAUUUAUGAUUAUUUCGUAAAGCACAAGUUUCAAGAGACGGCUAAAGCCUUUUUACAGGAAUCAGAGAUACAACUUCCCUCUAAUCGUGACCAAAAUACAAUGGAAGAUUUCGUCCAAAACAAUGGAUAUAACAAUCAACAGAAAGAGUCUUUUCAUUACGACCAAAAUCUUUUCGAUGCUGCAAACGGCAAGUCUGAACAUCUUGAUUCAUUCAAUAUGAAUAUUCCAUCCAAUGCAAACCCAACUUCUGAAUCCAAGAAAGAUACAACUGCUGAAGCCAACGAUUUUUCUAUGCCUUUGCCCGCCCCGUCUGUUGCUAUUGAUAUUCCUGAAGGAUUUUUCGUCGAAUGGUUUAAUAUUUUCUGGGACGUUUUCAGUGCUCGUGUUAGUCGAGUUAAUAGCUCUUCCCACUUGUAUGAUCCUCAUUUUAACAGGUCGGCAUACAGAGGUCAAAAUCACUCUUCUUCUACACCCAUUCCCUCAAAUGUACCUAAUGUGCAAUCAUCUAGUGUUAACCCAUUGAAUUACGCUGCUACUGAAUUGAAAUCUUCUGAAAACAAGCCGUACGCACCUUUUACUUCAGCGUUUCCGAAAUCAGAUACAAUGACCACAGGAAAUAACCCGAAAUCGUACGCUCUCCCUUCCCGAGCUGUCCCUUUUUCUGGUCCCCCUUCGAACAUAAGCCUUGCUGAUAGAUCACAGAAAUACGGAUCUGCGCUACCUGCUGGUAAUAUACCUCCCUCUGUUAUGCCUUACUCGUUAGGUGUACCUCCUUCCUCUGUUCCUCCCAAUUAUCCAAAUACAUCCAUGCUAUCAGCUAGUCCACCUCGAUCUUUGGUCAAUGAUCCUAAUAAUCAUACUUAUGCUGUUGGCCCAGGUAUGAACCCAAGCUCCUCCAGAAACGGAUUUUAUCCUCCUACACCCGCUCAAAUCCAUCAGCUUAAGUCUCAGCAAGAAUACCUUCAUCGUCAGAGCAAACAAAUGUCAGAGCCAGCUGUAGAUUUUAAUCCGGCUACUUCCAAGGAUUCUCAGGUACAGUCUAAUGAGCAACCUGUCGUGAACCCUGCAUCUAGUACGGUUCAAAAAAAAAUACCCGAUCCUAAAGCUUUAUAUAGUACUAACAAACCAAACUCUACCACAAGAAGCUCAGCGUCUCCCAUAAUUACUCAAGCAUCUUCUGGAAUGGGUGGUAAUUCGUCUUUUUACCCAUAUCAUAAUAAUAUGAGAGAGGCCGCUUCAAUGCCUACAUUUAAACCUUCCCCGAAUAUGAUGAUACAACCUCGUUAUCCUGCAAAUUCUGAAUUUGGGGUCAAUGAUAUGCAGAAAUAUCGUCCCCGAAACAGUGUUGAUGGUAUGCCUCCCUAUUUGCCACAAAAUCCAGUUGAUUUGAAUGGUAAAUAUGGAAUGAAUCCAAAUAUGGCGAACCGACUUCCUUCACAGCAGGCUCAUAUGCCCAACUAUUAUAGGGGACAACUACCGAUGUCAAGUCAUCAUCCUCAAAUGUACGAAUCGCCUACUGCUAAUCAGGGUUCGGUAGAGUUUGCUAAAACAAGAGAACUUGCAAUGAGAAGAGGGCAAACACCGAACAUGUCUGUUCUUUCUAAUGACAUUACAAUGUCUGGAGAAGCUAGCAAUGUGAACCUCGGAAAUCCUUUGACAGAUUAUCAUAUGCAGCUAAUGUUAUUGGAAGAGCAAAACAAAAAGAGAUUAAUGAUGGCCCGAAAAGAAGGUGAAAGAGAUUCUCUUUCACCGGAAACAUACGAGCGCUAUAACCGUGAGCUAAAAAAUAGUCAAGUAAAGUCAACAACUGAUGGAGCAUCUCAUCUUCAUCCCAAACCAAGUGGAGGAAUGAGUUCUCAAGUUAAAGGAACUGAUGUGCCUACGACGGGAUAUAUUCAACCGCACCAAAAACAACCGAGCCUUCCGGUCCAACAUUCGUUUAUGAACGUUCCACAAAAUGAACAUUCGAAUAUCAUGAUGUCUCAAUAUCUGAAUCGUAGUAAGCAGCAUGGAACAGCGGUAAAUGCUCGAGAUUCUAGAGAUCCAAAUAUUGCAAAAAAGUUCCCCCAAGCUAAUACAGUAUCGAUGAGUGAAAAAGAUAGAAUGGCUUUAGAAGUUUCCGAAAAUUCAAAUUCCUGGCUUACGCAAAAUCGUGAAAAUAACUCAUCAGAUACAAAAGAAAUGUCGAAAUAUCAAUCAUCAUUUACUCAGCCUUCCCAGCCAAAAUUGCCUUCUAGUACUUCAGCAUCUGGUCAUCCAAACUCUGACUCGCAACACUUUCUUGAACCGGUGAAAGAUAAACAAGGUAUGCAAAAAGAUACGGCACGACCUCCUGAUAUCGCAUCAAAUGGAUAUCCUUCAAUGAAUGAUGCUGUUCAACAAAUUUCGAUGCCUUCAGCUGGAACUGAAGAAAAUGUAGCAGUUUCUUCAGAGGAAGGAAUCAAUGCGAACAAAGACCUUCAGGACAACGGACGUAUAGAAGAGAGUGCCUCUGGCAAGACUAAUGCAGGAAAAGAUGCUGGAGACGUUACUAAGGAUGGGGUUUUUAAUGAAUCUACGGAUAAUACGUUUAAUUAUGCUUCAAAAAAUGAUUCCAAUGCGGAAUUGUUAAAUGAUUUUGACUUUGAAAGUUUUUUGAAUGACGCUGGUGAUGAUUCUACGCAGGUUUACUACUGAAACCCAUAGAAGAGUUUUAGUCCUAGUGAAAGCUGCAGGAUUUAUGUUACUUUAGGGGUUAAAGGUCAUUGCUUUUGUUGCGAAUGGCUAUUGAAGUUCUUUUAUGAAUUUGUAUAGUGUAUAUUAUUUAAUAGCAAAUGUCUAUCUUUCAAGAGACUCUUCGUUUUGAAAGUUUUACAGAAUAUGCUUUCGCAGGGAUUAUAGCUUUUAUACAGUAAGUGGAUUUGGUCAGUUUUCUACUAUUUUAUUUAAAUCCAGGCGUUUCAGUUGUUCGUAUAGUCCUUUUAAAGGACAUGUGUCUGGAUUAUACGUCAGUUGAGGUUUUUGGGAAAAAUGAGAAUUUAAUAAUUUUUAGUUAGCUAUGAAAGUAAACCUUAUUUAAAGUAAGGAUCUGCUUAAUAUAAGGGGAGGUGAUGAUCAUGAGUAUAUCCUAGUUUAUUUAGCCAAAUCUCAUAGUAACUUCUGUGAUAUUAGGGCUAAAACGCUGUAUUCAAGAGAAGGGUUUGAAUCAAUAGCCAUGAAAACACAGCAAAUAAGGGCAAUGAGAGAUAAAUACGUUAUCCUCUAUUUAUCAUCCUUGGGUAGUUUGGAGUCUACUUGGGACUCCAAUUUAUCAAGGUCUUCGCGGUGGGAUUUCAAUUGCUCUUUUAAUUUUCUGAGUUGUUCAACUUCAAUUUCAUGAAUAAAUUGGUUCUCCUUAGCCUUUCCUCGUCUAGCAAUAGAUCCUUCCCUAGCAGAACUAGCGUUGCUUAAAGUGGGAUCUGUGGAGUCGCCGUCACUAUUGUCGCUGGCCAUGGAUCUUACUCCUAGAAUUUUCCUCUGAGAGAGAUGAGGAACAAAUGAACGACGAAGAACAAGUCUGUACAUAUUACAAUUUGAAUUAGUUGGCUAUAGGAAAUAAGUGAGAUGGGGGAAAG